CUCAGGUUUUUGGGGCACAAAACACAUACAGUAAAGAUGCGGUUAAUUAUACGUAAACUAUGUGAAAAGUUGCAACAUGGAGGCGUUAAUUUUUAAUUAAAAUUUUAUUUUUCUCCCCCAAAUAGUUCAAUUGGAGGCCAAGAUGCACUAUUACCGGUACAGCACGGCUGAGGUCAGCUGUUGCUACAAAUAUCUACUGUUCAGUUACAACAUCAUUUUCUGGCUGUCUGGUAUGGUUCUUCUGGGAGUCGGCCUUUGGGCAUGGAGUGAAAAAGGGACCUUGUCGGAUAUCACCAAAGUGACGAGACUCCACGGGUUUGACCCGGUGUGGCUGGUCCUGUUGGUCGGCGUCGUCAUGUUCACCCUGGGCUUCGCCGGUUGCGUUGGUGCUCUAAGGGAGAACAUCUGCCUCUUGAAGUUUUUCUGCGGCGCCAUAGUCUUGAUAUUCUUCAUGGAGCUGGCUGUCGCCGUCUUGGCCUUCCUCUUUCAAGAUUGGGUGAGGGACAGAGCCAAGGAGUUCUUCGAGAACAACAUCAAGUCCUACCGGGAUGAUAUCGACCUUCAGAACCUGAUUGACUCUCUACAGAAAGCGAACCAGUGCUGCGGGGCCCAAGGUCCGGAUGACUGGAACCUGAAUCAAUAUUUCAACUGCACCAUGGACAACCCCAGCCGGGAGCGAUGCGGUGUCCCCUUCUCCUGCUGCGUGGCUGAUCCAGCUCAAACGGUCAUAAACACGCAGUGCGGAUACGACGUCCGUAAAAAGCCAGCGGCUGAAAGAGUCAACGUGACGUAUAUGAAAGGCUGUAUUUUGGCGCUGGAGGCGUGGCUACCCAGGAACAUAUACAUUGUAGCUGGCGUUUUCUUGGUCAUUUCAAUUUUACAGAUCUUUGGCAUUUACCUCGCUCGGACGCUGAUGGCGGAUAUCGACGCCGUAAAGAGCGGCUACCGUUUCACUUAAGAACCUCGAGGGGUUUUUGAAGGCCACCUUCCCUUGUGUUGUAUAUUUCGGUCCUCUAGAAUCAUUCCCUACUGAAGACUCUGAGCCUCCGCCAUCAUCAAUGGCGAACCCAUAGUGUGAUAGAAACCUUAAGACGGGCCGCCGAUGGACUAUCAAAGUACCUGUGAAGAAGCACACACUCCAAAA